GCAGGUGAAGAAAUGAAAUGAGCAAAGGGAAAGCAAGGAAGAUAAGCGAGAAAUAAUAAAGCAGAGAGAGAAGUAUAAAGAUGAAGCUCAAAGUAUAUGCAGAUCGCAUGUCUCAGCCAGCCCGAGCUGUCAUCCUCUUCUUAAAGUUAAAUGGUAUAAACUAUGAGGAGGUCAGGGUAGAUAUCGCGAAGCAUCAGCAUUUAACUCCUGAAUAUGCAGAAAUUAAUCCCAUGAAGCAGCUGCCGGCCAUUGUUGAUGGACGAUUUAAGCUGUUUGAGAGUCAUGCUAUUCUUAUCUAUCUUGCUUGCUCGUUUCCUGGAGUUGCAGAUCAUUGGUAUCCGGCUGAUGUUUUCAAGAGAAGUAAGAUACACUCGGUGUUGGAUUGGCAUCACUCCAACUUACGUCCUGGUCCAGUCACAAUUGUUCGUAAUACUGUUCUGGCGCCUGCGCUUGGCCGUCCAUUCAAUCCAGAAGCAGCUGCUGAAGGUGAGAAAUUUUUGUCCGCAUCUUUGUCAAAGAUAGAGUCUAUUUGGCUCAAGGAUAAUGGCCGUUUUUUGCUCGGUGGGAACCAACCAUCUAUAGCCGAUCUUAGCCUUGUUUGUGACAUAAUGCAACUCGAGCUUUUGGAUGAGUCGGAUCGAGACAGGUUAUUGGAUCCUUACAAGAAAGUUCAGCAAUGGAUCGAGAACACAAGAAACGCUACGAAUCCUCACUUUGAUGAAGUGCACAAGAUUCUGAUGAAAGCCAAAGAAAAACGGCAUAAUCAACGGUUAAACGGAGCAAAUAAUGGAUGGGGUGGACCCGAAAUGAAAAAAACUUUGCUUUCGAAAAUCUGAGAAAUGAAGAAACUGCAUUACUAGAAUGUAUCAUAAGAACUUGUGUUGUUUCAACUGUUACCGGAAGCUCUCUAGUUAGCUGUUUCAUUCGAACUCGAAGUGAAUGCCGGAUAUGUGUAUGAACAUUCAUUGAUCG